UUAAACAACUUUCAUUUACACUUGGUACUGAUAAUCUGAUAGCCAAAAAUGGGCAGGCUAGAUAUUGAUCCAACUCUCCAACAUUUCAGCCACCCACAUACCCUAAAACUACAAAAUUUCCCUUCCCAAAUCCCAAACAAACCUAUUUGUUCAUCUUGUAAACUUGCAAUCUCUGGAUGGACAUACAAUUGCAAUUCUUGCAAUUAUUACCUUCACAAAGUCUGUGCUCAGAUGCCAAUAAUCAAAAAACACGAGAUAGACCCAAAUCACACACUUACCCUAAUUUCAACACCAGCCUAUCCUCAAGGUGCUUUCAAGUGUAAUGCUUGCGGGCGCCAUGACACUGGUUUUUCUUACCAUUGUAAAGAUUGUGAGCUUGAUUUGCAUACCCUGUGUGCUCAUAUGCCUUCUUCUAUCAAUAUUAAUCAUCAUCUUCAUAAUCACACUCUUUCGCUUAUUUUUUCGCCUGUUUAUUCAAAAAAAGUGUUUCAAUGCGAUAUUUGUAGAGGCUUUGGCUCAAAUCAUUGGCUUUAUCGCUGCAAUUCUUGUAGUUUUGAUGCUCAUUUAAACUGCGCUAUUGCCAAUACCCAAAAUCAAAAGCAAGACCAACCUGCAGCUCCUGCAAGUCAUCAGUAUAAAAGUAAGAUUCGUCGUCUUCCAUUGGCAUCAUCUGUAGUAGGAUCACCAAGUAGAUCUCCUUUACCCCUUACAAGCCAUCACUAUACGAGGAUGAUUCAUCGUCAUCCACCAUCGCCAUCAUCAUUUACAGUAGGAUCGUCAAGUAGGUCUCCAUUACCAGUUUAUGAUCAAAUAGGUGGUGGGGAUUAUUAUUAUACAGCAGCAGGUAUGCCUGUUCUUGUUGGUUCUCCUCCAUACGUGCAGCCUCCAAGAACAUAUAAUAUCAUGAAUGACAAUAAUCAUAAUAAAAAUUUGACGGAGAUUGUAAUGAAAGGUGUUGUUGAUGGUUUUGCACAGCAAGCAGGACAGAUUUUGCUGGGAAGUAUAUUGGGAGGUUUCUCAUUCACUUGAUAUCAACCAAUCAAAUAUAUGGUUAAAGAUUUUAUUUUUAUCAUGAUUUCUUGUGUAUAUUGAGAUCAAAAUCUGCAGAAUCCUAAUAAAAUUAUAUGAAGUAUACGUAUCGGGUUGAAUCAAACAUCUUGAAUUUACUACUACUUAAUACUUUUAAUUUUAUCGAUUUGCUUGGACAAUGCGAUGCAUCCAAAGUGUAAAAAUGUAUG